AUCAUAUUGGUAAUAAAAUGUCUGACCUAAUCUUCUUUAAUUUACUCUGUAAAUGGUUAAUUCUAAUAUCCGAGUAGGGUCUUUUGGAUCAUUUAGUUUAAAUUAGUCAACACUCAACAGCUUUAAAUUAAUCAGUGGAUCAGGCAGCACUACAUAAAGCCCAAUCCAAAGUAUAAAACUAGGCCACAUUUUUUGUGUUUUUAAAAAUCCAAAAUAAAAAAAUAAAAUAAAAACCUUCCAAAAUAAAAAUAAAAAUCUACGGUUAAGAAUCAAUCAAUUUCAUCAAUAAUUAAAAUCAGACGGUCGUGAUCAAUUCUAUGUUCACAAUCAGAUAAAGACUACCACAUGAACUGAUAAACUCCACCCACCAUAACUUUCUCUCUCCUCCAUUAUCAAACCUUCAAUCGUUUUUUCUAAUUAUUAUUCCCCUAAUCCCCUUCUUUAAACCCUUCAUUUCAAUUAAAUUUCAAAAAAAAAAAAAUUAAAUUUCCCCCCUUUUCAAUUAAUUUUUUUUUACAAUGAAAGAAAAUCCCAGAAACCCUAAUACCCAUUUUCAUCUAUAAUUCAAUCCUUAAUUUUUCCCCCAAUUUUUUGAAAUGGAAAACCAGGUCUUAAAUUUCGACAUAGAAUUAGGACCUGGGGCCACAAUUUCCGACGACGCCAUUGAAAUCGACGAAAAUGAUAUCCCAGAAACUCCAUUUCUACACCCAACUACACCUUUCUCGUUCGCCAUUGAAGGAGAAUUGCUCGACCUUGAACCCUACGAUGGCAUGGAGUUCGAGUCCGAAGAAGCUGCAAAAGCCUUCUACAAUUCGUACGCGCGUCGAAUCGGGUUCAGCACCCGGGUCAGCUCGUCGCGCCGUUCGCGUAAAGAUGGCGCAAUUAUACAGCGCUCCUUCGUUUGUGCGAAAGAGGGGUUUCGUAAUUUGAAUGAAAAAAGGACGAAAGAUAGAGAAAUUAAGCGUCCUAGGAUGAUUACAAGAGUUGGGUGUAAAGCAAUGUUGUCUGUAAAAAUUCAGGAUUCUGGAAAAUGGGUUGUAAGUGGGUUUUGUAAAGAGCAUAAUCAUGAGCUUGUUCCUCCUGAUCAAGUGCAUUGCCUGCGAUCACAUAGACAGAUUUCGGGGCCGGCGAAAACGUUGAUUGAUACAUUGCAGGCUGCUGGAUUAGGGCCUAGAAGGAUAAUGUCUGCAUUGAUUAAGGAAUAUGGUGGGAUUAGUAAAGUGGGGUUUACUGAAGUUGAUUGUAGAAAUUAUAUGAGGAACAAUAAACAGAGGAGUAUUGAGGGUGAUUUUCAGCUUCUAAUUGAGUAUUUAAAGCAAAUGAAGUUGGAAAAUUCGGGUUUUUAUUUCGCGGUUCAAGGAGAUGGUGAUCAUAAUUCUUCUUGUUCUACAGGUAAUGUUUUCUGGGCUGAUAGUAGAGGUAGAAUGAAUUAUAGUUAUUUUGGUGAUACUGUAACUUUUGAUACUACUUUUAGGUCUAAUAGAUAUAGAUUGCCUUUCGCGCCUUUUACUGGAAUUAAUCAUCAUGGUCAUCCUGUGUUGUUUGGGUGUGCUUUUUUGAUCAAUGAAUCUGAAUCGUCCUUGGUUUGGUUGUUUAAUACAUGGUUGGAUGCUAUGUCGGGGAAGCAUCCAUUGUCGAUAACUACUGAUUAUGAUGCCACUAUUAAGUCUGCUAUAAUGCAGGUUUUCCCUGGUACCCGGCACCGGUUUUGUAAAUGGCAUAUCUUUAAGAAGUGUCAGGAGAAGUUGUCUCAUGUUUUGCUUGAGCUUCCGGGGUUUGAGGCGGAUUUUCAUAAGUGUGUUAACUUGCCUGAGUCGGUUGAUGAGUUUGAGUCUUGUUGGUUGUCGGUUUUGGAUAGGUAUGAUCUUAGGGAUAAUGGGUGGCUUCAGUUGAUUUAUUCUGCUAGGAGGCAGUGGGUUCCAGUGUAUUUGCGAGAUGCAUUUUUUGCUGAGAUGUCAGUAACACAACGUAGUGAUAGUAUGAAUUCGUACUUUGAUGGGUAUGUGAACGCGUCCACCAAUCUUAGUCAGUUCUUUAAGCUUUAUGAAAAGGCUCUUGAGAGUCGAAAUGAAAAGGAAGUUAAAGCUGAUUUUGAGACUAUUAGUACUCCUCCUGCUCUUAAAACCCCUUCUCCAAUGGAGAAACAGGUCUCUGGACUUUACACUAGAAAAGUAUUUAUGAGGUUUCAGGAAGAGUUGGUAGGGACUUUGACUUAUAUGGCGACAAAGACAGAUGAUGUUGGGGAGGUUAUCACAUAUCAAGUAGCAAAAUAUGGGGAGGAUCAUAAGGUAUUCUGUGUGCGAUUUAAUGUCUUAGAAAUGCAAGCAACUUGCAGUUGCCAGAUGUUUGAGUUCUCAGGGCUUCUUUGCCGACAUGUACUGGCAGUGUUUAGAGUGACUAAUAUUCUUACUCUGCCCUCACAUUACAUUUUGAAGAGAUGGACAAGGAACGCCAAGAGUAGUGUUAUGUUGGAUAAUCCGCAUGGAAGUACUGUAACUAGUUAUCUAGAGUCCCAUAUAGUCCGGUAUAAUUCCCUACGUCACGAAGCUUUUAAAUUUGUUGAUGAAGGGGCUAGUACUUCAGAGACAUAUGAUGUGGCAGUGGCUGCUCUAGAAGAGGCAGCAGAAAAGGUAUCCCAGGCUUUAAAGAGCGUGCGAAAGAGUUCUAUGGCAAAUGGGCCUGUUAAGGACUUAAUGAGAGGAGGCUCAGGGAAUAAAUCCAGCCAUGACAAUGGUAUGAGCCGCAGUCAGCUAGUGUCUGAGGACUGCAUGGACCAGAAAAUCAGAGAACUUAGUGAGGAGCUAGAAUCAGCUAACCGAAAGUGUGAAGUUUACCGAGCCAACUUGCUUUCAGUUUUGAAGGACAUUGAGGAUCACAAACAACUACUAUCAGUGAAAGUCCGUAAUGUGAAGCUUGGCCUCAAGAAUGCCAUUUAAAAGAUGCCGUACAAUUUCCUUCCCUUGAUGUACAAUUGUACAGAGAUUUUUUCGUUUAGCUCAAUUACUCACAGGAAUUUUUUCUCUUUUCUUCAUAAAACAUUGUACAUUGUGUGGAUAGUAAAGAAUUAGAGUUAUGUAGGCCUUUGACAUACAUUGUAACAGUGUGUUUCCUAACUAAAAUAUUUGUAAUUAACAGAUCACACCAGUAAAUCAGCUUUCUUCUGGUAUUCUCGGAAUAAACAUCUUCUCCUAUAAGAUUUACCCAUCUUCAAAAAUAA